AAAUUUAUUCUAUGGAGGAUAUAAGAAAACUCUGAUAAAAUUAUAUCCACAAUCAAAAUGAAGGUCGUUUUCGGGUUUUUGUUGUUAAUUUUUGUUGUAGAUCCGUCCAAGGAGGCAGGACGUAUCAUUGGUGGUCAAGAUGCAUACGCAGGACAAUUCUCAUUUGCCGCCGCCAUUUACACUACAACUCAGAACAGUCGAUUUUUUUGUGGUGGGUCCUUAAUAGGCCCUGAAUGGAUUUUAACAGCAGGACAAUGUGUCAACGGUGCCAUUUCAUUUACAAUUCAUCUUGGAUCAAACGUUCUGGAAGGAAAUGACCCAAACCGUUUAAUUUUAGCAAGUUCUGAGUAUGUUCUGCAUCCCGAAUUUGAUCCAAACACUUUGGUGAAUGACGUUGGUCUUAUUAAGCUUCGAAUGGCAAUUAGCUACACAGAAUAUAUUCAAAAAGUGUUCAUGGCUUAUGGUGAUUUGAACGAUUAUACUAAUUUGGUGGCACUUGGAUGGGGUCAAACCAGUGAUUCUGUCGCUGCACUUUCCAACGAACUCCAGUAUGUGAGUGUCGUUGCAGUUUCUAAUGCAGAAUGUAGAGUUGUGUAUGGAAACCAAAUAUCAGACCAAAUGGUUUGUGUUGCUGGAGCGUACAACGAAGGAACUUGUACAGGUGAUAGUGGAAGCCCCUUGGUGCACUAUGAUUCAGUCAGUAAAAGCAUUCGGCAUGUAGGAAUAUCAACUUUUAUUAGCGGGAAUGGAUGUGAAAGUCUCGAUCCGUCAGGAUAUACGAGAACAUAUAGCUACAAAAGCUGGAUAACCAACGUUUCAGGAAUUAUAACAUAAAAAAUGUUAAAUGCGAUGUUGUCUUACUACGUCAUUUUUAAAAAUAAACGUUUAAUUCUAUAA